UGUGUGUUCCAUCAUCCAGAAAACUCCAACCACUCUGAGCUGUCAUACCCUCCUCCUACAAAAGAGAGAUAGAGGGGGAGUCACACUACAGCCAAGAGAGGAGUGGAGAGCGUGAGAAGAAGAGAAUCAGAGGAGAAAAACGCGCAUCUCGUUCCAUCCGCCGGUAAUUUCCUCUGGGCUCUUGGCAGGGGAAGGCAGGUGCGCAAAUCACUCCAUCUUUUUCUCGCACAUCUCCUCGUUUGGCCGUUCUUCUGCUUUUCUCUCCUAAGUGGAGGAGAGUUUUGCGGAAGCGAAGGGAUUCGGAGAGGCAGGAUGGUCAACAACCUGAUUGAAUGCGAGGAGGAAGAGGGAGCCGCCAACAUUCAGGUGGUCAACACCACCUGUCCACCCAAGAAAGGAGAUGGUAACCCUAAGGAAAGCAGUCCAUUCAUCAACAGCACUGACCCAGAGAAGAACCAGCAAUAUGACGGCAAGAACAUGGCUCUGUUUGAGGAGGAGAUGGACACAAUUCCCAUGGUAUCGUCUCUUCUCAGCAGUCUUGCCAACUACUCAAACCUGCCCCAGGGCAGCAAAGAACACGAGGAGGCGGAAAACAAUGAAGGCUCACGCAAGAAACCUGUCCAGGCUCCGCGGAUGGGAACACUGAUGGGCGUCUACCUGCCCUGCCUGCAGAACAUCCUGGGCGUGAUUCUGUUUCUCAGGAUGACUUGGAUGGUGGGCAUCGGCGGCGUCAUCGAGUCCUUCAUCAUCGUGCUCAUGUGCUGCUCCACGACGAUGCUCACUGCCAUCUCCAUGAGUGCCAUUGCCACAAACGGCGUCGUGCCAGCUGGAGGCUCCUAUUACAUGAUCUCUCGUUCUCUGGGCCCUGAGUUCGGUGGAGCUGUAGGCAUCUGCUUCUACUUGGGCACCACCUUUGCUGGAGCCAUGUACAUCCUGGGCUGCAUCGAGAUCCUGCUGGUGUACAUCGUACCACAAGCGGCAGUUUUUAAGAUGGAGGGUCUGGAGGGAGCCGAGGCCGAGGCCACCAUGCUGAACAACAUGCGUGUUUACGGCACGCUGGUGCUCAGCUUCAUGGCCAUUGUGGUGUUUGUAGGAGUGAAGUACGUGAACAAGCUGGCUCUGCUCUUCCUCGCCUGUGUGAUCUGCUCGAUCCUCGCCGUCUAUGCCGGAGUGAUCAAAACUGCCUUCGAUCCUCCAGUCUUCCCAGUGUGUGUGCUGGGAAACCGGACUCUGGUUUGGAAAGGCUUCGAUGUGUGUGCGAAAGUCAUCGAGAGAGAAAACGCCACGGUCACAACCAAGCUCUGGCGGAUCUUCUGCGACUCUGAGUUCCUGAACGCCACCUGCGACAGCUAUUUCGCUAACAACAACAUCACGGAAAUACAGGGAAUCCCCGGAGUUAUGAGUGGUAUUCUGCGCGAGAAUCUCUUUGGGAAUUAUAUGGAUAAGGGAGUGUUCAUUGAGAAGUUGGGAUUACCCUCCAUUGAAGAACCAGAUUCUCAGCCGACAAACACCAACCGCUACGUGCUUGCAGACAUCACCAGCUUCUUCACCAUGCUGGUGGGCAUCUACUUCCCCUCCGUGACCGGUAUCAUGGCUGGAUCAAACCGAUCCGGUGAUUUGCAAGAUGCCCAGAAGUCCAUUCCCAUCGGCACCAUCCUGGCCAUCACCACCACCUCCAUCAUCUACAUGUCCAGUGUGCUUCUGUUUGGUUCCUGCAUCGAGGGAAUGGUGCUGAGGGAUAAGUUUGGUGAGGCGGUCAGGGGGAAUCUGGUGAUCGGGACACUGGCGUGGCCUUCACCUUGGGUCAUCGUCAUCGGUUCCUUCUUCUCCACCUGCGGUGCAGGGCUUCAGAGCUUGACAGGUGCUCCGCGUCUCCUACAAGCCAUUGCACGAGACGGCAUCGUGCCGUUCCUCAGGGUGUUUGGUCAUGGAAAAGCAAACGGGGAGCCCACCUGGGCGUUGCUCCUGACCGCAUGUAUCUGUGAGAGUGGAAUUCUCAUCGCUUCUCUGGAUAACGUCGCUCCGAUUCUCUCCAUGUUUUUCCUCAUGUGUUACAUGUUUGUGAAUCUGGCCUGUGCUGUUCAGACUCUGCUCAGAACGCCCAACUGGAGACCGCGAUUCAAGUUCUACCACUGGACUCUAUCCUUCCUUGGCAUGAGCCUCUGUCUCUCGCUCAUGUUCAUCUGUUCUUGGUACUAUGCCAUUGUUGCCAUGGGAAUCGCCGGCUGUAUCUACAAGUAUAUAGAGUUUCGAGGGGCGGAAAAGGAAUGGGGUGAUGGUAUACGAGGUGUGUCUCUCAGCGCAGCCCGCUUCGCCCUCAUGAGGCUGGAAGAGGGACCACCGCACACCAAGAACUGGAGGCCUCAGAUAUUAGUCCUGGUCAGCAUGGAUUCUGAGCUGAAUGUGGAGCAGCCGCGUUUGCUGUCUCUGACCAAUCAGCUGAAGGCUGGGAAGGGUUUGACCAUCGUGGGCACAGCGCUGGAGGGAACCUACCUGGAAAACCAUCCUCAAGGACAGCAGGCCGAACAGUCUCUGAGGAAGCUCAUGGAGGCGGAGAAGGUGAAGGGUUUCUGUCAGGUGGUCAUCUCUUCUAACAUGAGGGAUGCCACGUCACAUUUGGUCCAGGCCGGAGGUUUGGGAGGUCUUCAGCACAAUACUGUACUGGCCUCCUGGCCACGCAACUGGAAACAGGCCGAGGAUCAUCGGAGCUGGAGGAACUUCAUCGAGCUGGUAAGAGAAACCACUGCUGCCAGUAAAGCCUUGAUGGUGCCCAAGAACAUCUCGGCCUUCCCGUCAAACGGAGAGCGCUUCACAGAGGGUCACAUUGACGUCUGGUGGAUCGUUCAUGAUGGAGGCAUGCUGAUGCUGCUGCCCUUCCUCCUCCGCCAGCACAAGGUUUGGAGGAAGUGCAAGAUGCGCAUCUUCACUGUGGCCCAGAUGGACGAUAACAGCAUCCAGAUGAAGAAGGACCUGACAACCUUCCUGUAUCACCUGCGCAUAGACGCUGCAGUGGAGGUGGUGGAGAUGCAUGAGAGCGAUAUCUCAGCGUACACAUAUGAGAAGACCCUGAUGAUGGAGCAGAGAUCUCAGAUCCUGAAGCAGAUCAACCUCACCAAGACUGAGCGUGAACGUGAGAUCCAGAGCAUCACUGACAGUUCUCGCGGGUCGAUCCGCCGUAAGAACCCGGCCGCUGUCACGACUCAUCUGAGUGUGACUGAGGAACCGGUGGCCUGCAGCAAAGAGGAGAAACCAGAAGAGGAGUCUGUCCCUGUGUCCCCAUCCCAACAGGAACAGCUCAUUCAUGACCAGAGUACCAACCCACCGACCCCGGCCACACCGCAGUCCCCCAGCGCAGAUGCCGAGACCCCCGGCACGGCUCUUCAGAUGACAUGGACCGAAGCCAAGUGUGAUGGAGAUCAAGCCAAACCUAUAGGAGCCACGACACCAGAGGCCAUCAAAGACCUCUUCAACAUGAAACCAGAGUGGGAAAAUCUAAACCAGUCCAACUUGAGGCGCAUGCACACUGCACUCAGACUCAAUGAAGUUAUCGUAAAGAAAUCCCAGGAGGCCAGACUAGUCCUGCUCAACAUGCCCGGACCGCCCAAAAACAGGAGCGGAGACGAGAACUACAUGGAAUUCAUGGAGGUUUUAACCGAAGGUCUCAACCGGGUCCUCCUCGUGCGUGGUGGAGGUCGCGAGGUCAUCACCAUCUACUCUUAAGAAACUAGUCGACUUCGUCCCAUCCCAUUUGCCCUCCUUCCCCAGUGUGGCCCAAGCAAUAUCCCAAAAUUCCCUUCCAUCAACCAGCUUCAUUCGCCCAACAGAAAAUCCCAUUCUACUGGUCUGCCAAGCUCUCACUGGCAUUACUCUCAUUCAUGAUGGACGUGAUCCACACUUCACUGUUCUAUGAAGUGCACUGUUGAUGUCAGUGGGUAUUUGUUCAAUGCCCCGUCUGCUGUAGCUUUCCUACAUUAUCUGUCAAUCACCAAUUUCACCCAAUCAGGAGAAGUGGGUGGGUUGGGAUUUAUUUGAUUUUAUUUAUUUGUUUUGAGGAAGAGGAUCCAGAAAAGAAUGUGCACGUACGUCAAGGAUUCGACGUUCAAAACUACGUCAGUGAAAUACUUCUGCUCUGGAAAAGACGGACAACCUUGGGAAAAGAUUUUAAUGGUUUGAGCUCGAUCCCUUUGGUCUGCAGAUAAACGUGAAAUAAUAAUGAGUUAAUGCUAUAAUGUGAAAUGUGAAGUUUAAAGUCAGCAUGAAAUGAAACUUAGACCUUUUUACUUUCGUUAAAAAAAAAAACAUCAGUGCAUGUUAUUGCAAAGAAAGAUUUGUUUUUAUAAUCAAAAUAUAGAAAUUGCUCCUGAAAUCCUCUGAAACAUAUCCAAUCCAUCUUAUUUUUUAACCCCCCCAUCAAAUCUAUCUUCCAUUUUUUGGUGAUCUUCCUGAAUGCUUGCAACACUGAAGUAAAAUGGUUUGCGAACUGCAUUUCACGUUGACUUUAAGCGGGUUCGUCUUUUGUUUUUGUUUUGUCUCAUCAACCUCCUCCAUGAUUUUAUUUGUUCCUUGCUAUCCCCCCUGCCAAAUACAGUCACAAUAUGUGCCAAAAAAACAAGGCUGGCAGGGUGUACGACUUGCUGUUUGAUAGCAAAGCAGCGAGCGAGAGUCUAUCGGUGCAACCGACACUGUAAUUAACAAAAGAACAAGCUAGAAAAAAAAUGAAAAAAGUACUCAGCCACUCUGAAGUAGUGUAAAUAGUGUACAAGGCAUUAUUAAAUAUCGGUGUAGUAUUUAUGUUGUGAAAUAACCGAAGAUUCUGGUGAAGAAACGCUGUUGUCUUACAGGGUCAGGGUGUUUUGGGUGGCCACAGGCUUCACUAUAGCGGCUUGAACUGUAUUAUACCGAACCUCCCCUCCCCAACAAGCACUCAAACUGCACUGACAGCCACUGUGUAACAAAUGAUUUAAUGAGUCUGUGGAUUUAUUAAAUGAACGUGUGUGUGUGUGUGUGUGUGUGUGAGUGACUGAAUGAGCAAAUUGCAUUCUUGAGCAAAUGGAAGUUACCCAUUUAUUUCUUUUUUUCCCAUUUUGCUAUGAAGAAAUCCUCUAUGUUUGUUGCAUUUACAGACAGAUUUGUAUGGAUUAGCUAUAUCAUCGACAAAAUCUAUAUUAUAUUGCACCGGAAAUGUCACAGAGCUAUAUAUAGAGUAUUAUAGUAUCUGAUUGUAUUGCCAAACUUCGAUUUCACUCGUGCCAUGUGAAUGAAUAUGUGAAUUGUCAAUAGAAACCAAUAUUGAUAACAAUGUCACUUUAAACACAAAUGCUGCACUCACCUCAAAGUUUCUGACUUUGAAACUUGAUUUCUUUAACGUUGACAUCAUGUCAAAGUUGGAAACUCUGAAUUAUAUAAUUGAGAUUUUAUAUAAAAACAUCCAAAUUGGCAGCGGCUUCAGUAGUUGCAUGCUUUUUUGAGAUGAGAUUUUUUUGUUACUGUGCAAUUGCAAGAAGUGAAUUUGUGUGAUUUUAAAGAAGUAGAUUGCUGUCGUUAUCAAUAAAGCUGCAUAUGGAUCCA